ACUCUAAGAAGAAGAAAAAUCGUGUGAUUUGUUUUUGUUUUUCAUAUGCGAAAAUGUGAUUAAUUUCUAACGUAAUGCUUGCUUAAAAUAAAUCUGGUAAUGGCUGAAUUGCCCGAACGACGACAAGGGAAACCAGCCUUCUGCUAAUGCCGACACCUUCCCCAGGUUUCCUUGUACCAGAGGAGCAGAGGUCAAGAUGCUGCUCAAGAUGCCCCAGAAGCUGCUGAAGACAGCACACUACAUCGAGCUGGGCAGCUACCAGCACUGGCCUGUGUUGAUACCCCAGAGGAUAAGACUGUACACCUACGAGCAAAUCCCCCUCUUUCUCAAAGAAAACCCCUACAUCACUGACGGCUACAGGGCUCACCUGCCAUCCAAACUCUGCCUGAGGAGUAUUUUUAUUCUGUCCAAUGAGACUGUGAAUAUCUGGAGUCACCUUCUGGGGUUCCUGCUCUUCUUCUCUCUGGGGGUCAACGACCUCUCGUCAGUAUUGCCUGCCUCUGGAGCGAAAAGAGAGGACUACGUCAUCUACGCUAUAGGACUGUUCUGCUUUCAGGUGUGUAUGUUAUGUUCUGUGGGGUAUCACCUGUUCGCCUGCCAUCGAUCAGAGAAGACGAGCCGUCGCUGGCUGGCAUUAGACUACGCGGGCAUUUCUGUUGGCAUCCUGGGCUGUUAUGUACCCGGCAUAUUCUACGCUUUCUACUGCAAUGCUUUUUGGCGACAGGUGUACCUGUUGACGGUGUUGUCCCUGAUCCUGGCCGUCUUCUGUGCACAGAUCCACCCUCGUUACCUCAGCAACGACUGGCGAAGGAUACGGAUGACAAUCUUUUGCUGUGUGGCUGGAAUAAGUGUGAUCCCUGCAUGCCAUUGGGUUUGGCUCAAUGGAGGAUUAUCGACUGAUGUUGUACAGCUGUUCCUGCCUCGUGUGAUUGUGAUGUAUCUGAUAGCUGGAUCUGCCUUCCUGUUCUAUGUCACCAAGAUUCCUGAGCGCUACUUCCCCGGCCAGCUGAACUAUCUGGGUGCCAGCCACCAGGUGUGGCACAUUCUGGUGGUGUUGAUGUUUUACUGGUGGCAUCAGACAGCUGUACACAUCAUGCAGUUCAGGCACAGCCAGGCCUGUCCGGUCCAGACCGGCAGCAACUAAGUGAAAAUGAUCAAACAGAGUAAUGGGAAGGCAAUCAUUUGGAGGCUAAUACAUGUAAGUGGACAUCAAUUAAAUCACUAUGUUAAUAUUUAAAUACACUUUUUAUCAGUUAGCUGCUGGGGAGAAGUGUCUACCUAAUGGUUUUAAACCACUAACUGUGAUGAUGUAGAUCAGUAGCUACUAUCUUCAACCAGCUGACGGUUACCUCUUGGCUGCUUGACCAGCACUCACCCUGGCCAGCUGUUAUAGGCCAGUAUCUUUUCUAAGUCAGCUAAGAGUGGCUGAAAGCUUCUGUAAAUCUCAUAUUCUCUAAACAUAAGAUUCAGGGGAUAAAGAUCUGCUAAAUGAAAGCCCAUGGUGUAUCUAAAAUCAACUGUGAAACUCUCAAUAUUGCACCAUAACUUACUAUUAUGAACAAUGCAUGAAAAAGGAGUUGUUUGUAUUAACCGACCAAGGUUUGUUGUUUUUAAAUGGUGAUUAUGUUAUCUCAUCAUGGUUUGUUUAGAUUGUCAUUUUAUGUACACAAGUAUUGAAAAAAUUUUAUGAAUUAUUUUGAAUCCAACAUAAUAACCUGUGUGACCGAUUACUUUUUCUUUGCGAUUUUGUUUCCUCCCGAAGCUAACACAAGAUUAGAUUGUAUACAUGACGGUGGAAACCACAGAACAAAGACAUUCAACCCUCAGACACUGUAAACUGUCCGUCUGAGGACACACAAAGUCUCAAUGACUUCUUUAAUUCAAACUACCGAACAAAUAGUCAAAGAUUUUUUAAAUAUAUUUUACAGGGACAGUGCAUAUUAUAAUAUACAUUUCUGUAAAUAUGUCAGAGUUAGCCAAAAGGCUAAUUUUCUUCCGUUGUCCCUGCCCAGGUUUUAUAAAAAGAUCAAUCGGCGAUCAAUCUGCCUUAAAUACUAUAGUGUUUUAAAUAAACGGGGGUCUCAGAUUACGGCUCCAGUGCAUAGUAGCUGUGCUGUGGGUGUCCUUUUGUGUCUUUGCCACAAAUGAGUUGUCAGUGUGAAGAAAAAAAACAACAAUCUUACAAUGACAGAUUCCAGUGGCCAAAUCCAUUAUGUCUGGGUCAGCACCUUGGCUAUAAUUGUCAUAAUAAGCCUAUUCAUUUAGACUUAGUCAACAGAACUGAACACAUCAUGAGACAGGUGAUUUAAAAAAAGGCUGACUCGUCCACUUUGGACUAAUCUUAUUGUUCUCUACUCCCCACACAUCAGCCUCCUGACGUCAUGGUACAUGACUGUCGCUCUCACUUAGAGCAACACAAUCUGAGUAUUCUGCAUUUCUCUGAUGCAGCUUUCAGAAGAGAAGAAAUGCAAACAUUAAUCUCUAGCAGAGGUUUAUUAUGAUAUAAUACAAUUCUGAAAUAAGUUCUAAAGUACUAAUUCCAAUUUGCCUUUUAGAGAACCAUCCCACAAUGUUGUGUUUAUAGUAUUUAUUUUUUAAUCUAAAGGGGGAAAAAAUGACCCUUACUGAUCUGCACUUGACAGAGAUGUAUGUCACAACUUUGAAACUAUGGUGAUAAAUGAAUUUGGCUUUUUUGAGCUUAGAGAAUUAAGAAUGACAUGAUCUGCUUAUUAGAAAGAGGGUGAACAAACCCUAUCUUCAUGGCUGGAUAUGCUUGGGUGGAAGGGAAAAUGGAAUUAGAAUUGAGUUGGUUUUGGUAGGCGGUAGUAUUUGGGUUUGGGGACAGUCGCAUGCCAUGUGAGCAAUACGUUUUUCUUCAGUUAUCUGCUGAACGGGUUUUAAAGUCUGCUGUAGUUGUACAGCUUUCUUUUUAGGCAAUUCUGUUUAUAAUUUUACAAUUUCUGUUUGCACUUGAUUUGCCUUACAUCUCAGAGUAUUUUUGAUGUUUACACACUUACUGUUACAAUCAGUUUUUGGUCAGGAUACAAACAUACUCCAUAAAAAAAAGAUACAUGAUUGAUAUCAUCUUUGCUCUUUUUUUCCACAAGGCCAGUAUAGUAUAUUUGUAGCACAUUUAAUGUUUGAAAAAAAAAAAGAAAAAAGAAUUUGAGUUGAGAUGACUAACUGCGACAUCCUGCAGAGCUGUGACAAGCUCUCAUGAGGUGUGGAAUGAGAUGACUUAAUUCUGCCUUUUUUUUUAAAAAGUGUUUUUGUCAUUGAACAAAAAACUUGACCCUUUGAGUAUCAUGACCUGCUUGUUGUUUUUCUGGAAUGAUCUCUUGAAUGUUUUAUCCCGUGUAUGUGUGUUUUUCUUGAAUAUCAUUUAUACCAUGAAACACAGGCACUGACAAGAUUUGAAAUAUUUAUUUCAGUGCCUAUGUGGAAAUAUAUUUUUAAACCUUUUGAAUGAAUAAAGAAUGCUGGAGAGUA